CCCCCCUCAUUGCCCACCCAGACCCACAGUACACAGUGUGCUCUUUGUAGGCAAGCCUGUAACUGGAUGCCAGGUGGUCUGUGAUUGGCUGAGCCGAGGCCCCAUCUCUCCCUCGUCUUCUUUUUCUGGUGCAUAUGCAUGAGAUAGCAGGCUGGUGUGUGUCUGUGCAGCUGCCUGUUCCAGACAGGAAAAGAGAGGGAGAGAAACAGGAGCGAGACAUUGGGAAAGGUUAGAGGAAGAGGAAUAGAGAAAGGAAAUCGGGUGAGGAGACUGCGGGCGACUGUGACUGGGGGGUUGUAGUCAUGUCUAUGUUCUGUUUGUCUGGCUGGCUAUGAGAUCAGGCAGCCAUGGCCAUGUCACUGAGCGCCGACGAUGAGGAUUACGACUCGGACACAGCCGAACAGCAACGGCUGCCCAACAGACCCAAAGCCAAAAUGGCUGCAUCAACAGCAACAACUCCAGCAGCAUCCACUUCUUCAUCCACUGCAACAGCGGUUAAGCUGCCGUCCAAUCGAACCUCCUCUGGAGCUCGCCGUAGACGCACGCGAUGUCGAAAAUGCGAGGCAUGUGUGCGGACAGAAUGCGGAGAGUGUCACUUCUGUAAGGACAUGAAGAAGUUUGGAGGACCUGGCCGAAUGAAACAGUCUUGCAUUAUGAGACAAUGUAUAGCGCCCGUGUUACCACAUACAGCAGUAUGUGUAGUGUGCGGUGAAGCUGGAAAAGAAGACACACUUGAAGAUGAAGAUGAAAAAUUUAAUGCCAUGCUCAUGGAGUGCUCCAUCUGCAAUGAGAUCGUCCACCCAAACUGCCUCAAGUUGAAGGAUGCAGCUGGAGUAGUAAAUGAUGAGCUUCCUAACUGCUGGGAAUGUCCAAAAUGCAAUUACGCUGGGAAGACUGGAAAAGCCUGCAAGCAAAAACGGGGCCCAGGCUUUAAAUACGCAUCCAACCUGCCAGGCUCCCUGCUGAGGGAGCAGAAAGCAGGACGUGAUGGACGAGAGGAAGGGGACCAGACAUCCACAGGUGCUUCAUCCAUUAAGAGAAAGAGUGAGAGGGAGGAAACUCCCAGACUGAAGACUGAAGAUCUGACAUCCCGUCUUCCCCCAAUCUUGAGCCCUAGUGGCCUGCCAAGACCCCGAUCUGAAGUGCCCAACUUCUUGAGGAAGAAGAGGAAGUUAUUUGACGAUGAUGAAGAGGAAGAGGAGGCUUGUGCUAAAAAGAAGCCGAAGAAACCCUGGAGGCUUGAAGAGCCUUUGAUUCCCAAACUCUCUCACAUGAAAACAGAAGAGGAGGAAGACAACUCUGAGGAGGAAGAGAGGCAAGAGAAGCGAGAACUGCCUCGUCGUUCAUUUAAGAAAGACUACAGCACAGUAAGAAAAGAGAAAGAGCAUGAGGAAGAGAGAAGGGAGGAUAGAGAUCCACCUUUCAGAUCCCUAAAGGAGUUUAACACCCUCCGGAAAGAGGACGACCAAGAGGAAGAAAAGGAGGACGAUGAUGAGGAAGAGGAGGAGGACAAUAAUGGCAAACGAGGCAGGGACAGCAGCCCUGCACUAAAGAACAUCUCCUUAUCGCUUGAGAGUGAUGCUUCACGGUGCAGCUCCCCAAGAGCAGGGCCAAGCAGCGAUGGUAGUGAGACUCAAGAGAAGGCACCACGUGCUCGGGUGAAGCGACACCGACGCAAGCCCCCUAACCGCCAGCUCAGCGCAGAACUCAGCAAGCAGCUCAACAUGGAGAUCCGUCGCACCGAGCAUUCACUGGCCAAUGAGAACCAGCAGCCACUCAAGAGUGAACCUGAGGACAGCGAGAACGAGGAACCAAAGAGAGGCUUACGGAAUGGGACUGCAGGGAAUGGAGGAGGAGGUGGAGGAGUAGAAAGAGGAGCAGGUGUAGAGGGUGGAGGGGAGCGGCCACAUUUACGAGCAAGGGAGAUGAAUGGGACAUCUUGGGAGCUGCGGCACUUUUACCCUCCUCAGAUUACCCCACUUGGCUUGAACCGCAGUUCACCCACAGUCAGACCACUUCCUGCACGUUCACCUCCAAAGUGUGUUCAGAUGGAGCGCCAUGUGAUCCGACCACCUCCAAUUUGCCCUCCACCUGAUAGGCUACCACUAGCUGAUGGACGCAAUCACAUCGCUCCCAGAGAAGCAUGGUUGACCAUUUUCAGUCACCUGAGCCAUCGUGAACUCUGUGUGUGCAUGCGAGUGUGCCGAACAUGGAAUCGCUGGUGCUGUGACAAGAGAUUAUGGACUCGUAUUGAUUUGAAGCGUUGUAAGUCCAUCACCCCACUGAUGCUAAGUGGGAUAAUUCGCAGACAGCCCAUCACUUUGGAUCUGAGCUGGACCAACAUCUCCAAGAAGCAAUUAAGCUGGCUUAUUAACCGAUUACCAGGACUAAGGGUGCUUCUCCUAUCAGGCUGUUCAUGGGUGGCCGUUUCAGCUCUCUGCACAUCCAGCUGCCCUCUGCUGCGUACUCUAGACCUGCAAUGGGUGGAGGGGCUCAAAGACCCCCAAAUGAGGGACCUACUAUCUCCUCCGACUGACAACAGGCCAGGUCAGAUGGACACACGCAGUAAACUCCGGAAUGUUACUGACCUGCGUCUGGCUGGUCUGGACAUCACAGACAGCUCUCUGCGUCUCAUCAUUAAAAAUAUGCCUGUACUCUCCCAUCUGGACUUGAGUUACUGCAACCAUAUCAAUGACCAGUCAGUAAACCUGCUGACUGCUGCAGGGACCACCACUAGAGACUCCUUAACUGAUGUCAAUCUUUCUGUGUGUAACCGGGUCACUGAUCAGACGCUGAGCUACUUCAAACGCUGCGGAAGCAUCUGCCGCAUUGACCUGCGAUUUUGCAAGCAGGUGAGCCGACAGGCAUGUGAGCGCUUCAUUGCAGAAAUGUCGGUCAUCGUUCCCUUCCAACUGCAAGAGGAUAAACUUCUCCAAAAACUUCACAGCACCCCCUAGUGUCUGGGAGGAACUCAACGCCAAUCUAAAAUGAUACCAUGUAUCAGAUGCACUCCUGUUUGGAUUGAAACUGGAUUCAGACGUUUGAAAAAAAAAA